GAAAGCCACGUUGUCGGAAGCUGGCAAGACUUGUACCCUCCCCACCCGCGCCCCUGAGCCACUGAAAGGCCCUUUCCAGUCCUCAGUUUCCCCUCUGAGAUAAAAUAGCACCUACUGCAAGGCUGGUGUGAGGAACUGUCGCCGUGCUAGGCUCACGUCCUCGUGGCUAAGUGCCCGGUCGCACAGAUUGCUAUCACGUUUAACUAGCUCCAGCUCUGACCAACACGGCUACAAGCAUGAGCCCUUGGGACCAAGGUCAGCCUCUUUGCAGGGAGAGGCUUUGCUGCUGUACCGACUAGAAGUGAAGCUGUGGUUCGUGACAACACGGCCAGUGACAUCAUGACAAGUGAGGUGAUUGAAGAUGAGAAACAGUUUUAUUCGAAAGCCAAGACCUACUGGAAGCAGAUCCCACCCACGGUGGACGGCAUGCUUGGGGGGUAUGGCCACAUCUCCAACAUCGACCUCAACAGCUCUCGGAAGUUUCUGCAGAGGUUUCUAAGGGAAGGACCGAACAAGACGGGGACCUCCUGUGCCCUGGACUGUGGUGCUGGCAUUGGAAGGAUCACCAAGCGCCUGCUCCUGCCGCUCUUCAGGGUGGUGGACAUGGUGGACGUGACAGAGGACUUUCUGGCCAAAGCUAAGACCUACCUGGGGGAAGAGGGCAAGAGGGUGAGGAACUACUUCUGCUGUGGGCUGCAGGACUUCAGCCCAGAGCCCAACUCCUAUGAUGUGAUCUGGAUCCAGUGGGUGAUAGGCCACCUGACAGAUCAGCACCUGGCUGAGUUUCUGCGCCGCUGCAAGCGGGGCCUGCGCCCCAAUGGCAUCAUUGUCAUCAAAGACAACAUGGCCCAGGAGGGUGUGAUCCUGGAUGAUGUGGACAGCAGUGUGUGCCGUGACCUUGAGGUGGUACGCCGCAUCAUCCGCAGUGCGGGCCUCAGCCUUCUGGCCGAGGAGCGCCAGGAGAACCUGCCAGAUGAGAUCUACCAUGUCUACAGCUUUGCCCUGAGAUGAGGCUGGGGCCAGCAGCUGGCGGGCUGCUACACACACCUGCUGUCACCUUUGACUCCAGUGGGGAGGGACAAGCCCUGGGAAGGUGUGCUGUGGAUUGGGCAGUGCCCUGUCACUCCAACGCAUCCUGGCAACUCCCCACAAGUUGCCACCUAUAAGACUGGCUGCCAAGGAUCUCGAGUAUAUGAACUGCUGUGUCUGGACAGCCAGGAGAGCCACACUCGGUGCCUGUCAGAUGGUACCACUUUCAGGAAUGGUCACAUCCCAGAUCCUCUUUGGUGAUGGGUCCCAGCAGCCUUAGUAAGGGAAGGCUUCCCCACCUCUUCCUCCUCGGGAGCUCCUCCCUGAUAGGCACUGCAGUCAAUAAAAGGGUGAGCCCUGUUCUCAAA